AUGGCACGAAAAAUAUGCAUCACUGCUGCUGACGGCCAUACCGGCCAUCUCAUCACAGAGCUCCUUCUUACGGAUCCAAACUUCAAAAAGCAGUUUGAUUCUGUGGUCGCGCUCACGCUGCAUCCACAUGCAGAACGUUGUAAGGAACUGCAGAAACUCGGAGCGCAGAUUGUCUCGCACAAACCGGGACGAUUGAGAGAGAUGGUGAAUACGCUGCAACAAACAGAAGCUGAUACACUCUGCCUCAUCCCCCCGGCGCACAAGGAUAAGUUUGAUAUUACGGUCGAGUUGAUCAAUGCUGCUAAAAAGGCGAACGUGCCAAAUGUCUGUUUCAUUAGCUCUGCAGGAGCAGAUCUCGCAGAGAGAGACAAGCAACCGAGACUUCGCGAGUUCAUCGACCUUGAAUGUCUCUUUCUCUCGUCCAAGGGGGAUCCAUCAACUUCAACCGGGCAUAGUCCAGUGGUAAUUCGAGCCGGAUUCUAUGCGGAGAACCUCCUACUCUACGCCCCUCAAGCUAAAGAGGAGGGCAGGCUGCCUAUACCUAUUGGCACAAUGCAUAAGUUUGCACCAAUCGCUUUAGGGGAUGUGGCUCAAGUUGUAGCCCAUGUAUUGACGGGUAAGGGAAAGCAUGGCUUCAGCGAUGCCCAUCGCGGCCAAUUGAUUGUCCUUACUGGACCAAUGCUUGCUACUGGCGAUGAGCUGGCUGAAGCAGCCAGUAGUGCAGGGAUAGCAAAUCUGGAGUUUGAUGAUAUCUCUGAGGCUGAAGCUAAGAAGGUGCUUCACUCGCAGUCAGAGAGUGAUGAAUCCGAGCUGCAAUAUCUUCUAGAAUACUAUUCCUUGGUUCGUGAAGGAAAAACGAACUAUAUUUCGACAACAGCAUUCCAUGAUAUCACAGGAUCUCAUCCCCAGGAGCUAUCUGAUUUUUUCAAGGUCUAUAAAGAGGAAUUCAUCCCUCACCAUAUAGAUAAAAAGAGAAAAAGCCAUAAGGUUUGA